AUGGCACCUUCUCCGGCAGCAGGCAAGGCCACUGGUGGCGCUCCCAAGACUCCUACCAAGCUGGGAAGAAAGCCCCAAAGUCAAACCAGCCAGCCCCCAAAACUCGGACAGCAGGCCGCUUCAGGCGCAAGAAAAGCAUCCGCCCCCGAGGGUGCUAAGCAGCCGGAAGCUCCUCAAGUUCCCGAAGCCCGAAGCUGGUGA